AACAGUUGAAAGCAGUCUGCGUCGAACGCUGCUAAGGAGCGGUUAGUGUGGUUGUUAUCGUUCGUGUCGGUUUGUUCGCGUGCUCCCUGAUUGCGUAAACAUUCGAGAAACUUUUCAAAUUCAGGAUGAAUAUAACAUCCGCAGCGGGAAUAAUAUCUCUCCUGGAAGAGCCCAUGCCAGAGCUGAAAGUGUUUGCACUGAAGAAGCUCAAUCUGAUUGUUGAUGAAUUUUGGCCUGAAAUUUCAGAAAUAAUUGAAAAAAUUGAAAUUCUUCAUGAGGAUAAAAAUUUCAAUCAGCAUGAACUGGCAGCUCUUGUGGCCAGUAAGGUGUACUACCAUCUUGGAUCAUUUGAAGAUUCUUUGACUUAUGCCUUAGGAGCGGGAGACUUGUUUGAUGUUAAUUCACGGACUGAAUAUGUAGAUACAAUUAUUGCUAAGUGCAUUGACCAUUAUUCACAACAAAGGGUUGUUGGACCUGAGAAUGCUAAUGAUGCAAAUGAGAUUGACCCUCGUUUGGAAGCAAUUGUGAACAGAAUGUUCCAGCGCUGUCUGGAUGACAGUCAGUACAGGCAGGCCCUUGGCUUGGCAUUGGAGACAAACAGAAUGGAUAUCUUUGAGAAGGCUAUUGUCGAAUCUGAUGAUGUAAAUGGAAUGCUUUCAUAUUCAUUCCAAGUUGCUAUGAGUCUUAUCCAGAACAGGGGCUACCGUAAUAUAGUACUGCGUUCAUUGGUUGGACUGUACCGAAACCUGGCGACACCGGAUUAUGUCAACAUGUGUCAGUGUCUUAUCUUCCUUGAUGAUCCAUUGGCUGUAGCUCAGGUUCUGGAGAAACUUAGCAAGGAUACAGAGGAUAGUGUUCUAAUGGCUUAUCAGAUUGCUUUUGAUCUGUAUGAGAGUGCUACACAACAGUUUUUGGGCCGAGUCCUCCAAGCCCUAAGAGCUACGGCCCCCAUUCCAGCAGCUACAGAUAAGAUUGUCAAAGUCCCAGUUGAGGGUGUAACCAAGGAAGACACUUCUGGAGAAUCCAGCUCUGAAGCAAAUGAAGAGGAGAAGAAACCAGAGAGGAAGUUGGAGAGCCUUAAUGAAGAAGAGAAAUGUCACCAGCAGAGGGUUGAAAAAUUGACAAGCAUUCUAAGUGGUGAAGUCUCAAUAGACCUCCAUCUUCAGUUUCUGAUACGUAGCAACCAUUCAGACAUGCUUAUCCUGAAGAACACUAAAGAUGCCAUCAGAGUGUCCAUCUGUCACACUGCUACUGUCAUUGCAAAUGCUUUUAUGCAUAGUGGAACUACAAGUGAUCAGUUCUUGAGGGAUAAUUUGGAAUGGCUUGCCCGAGCUACAAACUGGGCAAAGUUAACAGCUACAGCAUCUCUGGGAGUGAUUCAUCGUGGCCAUGAACACGAAGCCCUGCUUUUAAUGCAGAGUUAUUUGCCAAAAGAAGUUGGACCAAGCUCUGGGUACUCGGAAGGUGGUGGCCUGUAUGCCCUUGGUCUCAUUCAUGCCAAUCAUGGAGCUGUCAUAACUGAUUAUCUGCUGGGACAACUGAAAGAUGCACAGAAUGAGAUGGUGCGUCAUGGUGGUUGUCUUGGCCUGGGCCUGGCUGCAAUGGGAACAAACAGGCAAGAUGUGUAUGAGCAGCUCAAAUUUAACUUAUACCAAGAUGAUGCAGUGACAGGUGAAGCUGCAGGCAUUGCUAUGGGCAUGGUCAUGCUGGGCUCAAAGGCCACCCAAGCUAUUGAAGAUAUGGUGGCGUAUGCUCAAGAGACUCAGCAUGAGAAAAUUUUACGAGGUCUGGCAGUAGGCAUUGCACUGACUAUGUAUGGUCGUCUUGAAGAGGCUGACCCUCUCAUCACUAGUCUCUGCCAAGAUAAGGAUCCCAUCCUACGUCGCUCCGGCAUGUAUACACUUGCCGUGGCUUACUGUGGCACUGGGAACAACCAGGCAAUCCGCAAACUGCUCCAUGUUGCCGUGUCGGAUGUUAAUGAUGAUGUAAGGCGUGCAGCUGUCACUGGUUUGGGCUUUCUUCUGUUCAG